AGCGGGAGGUUUUAGCGACACACACCGAACAUGGCGGCGCUCGGCAGCCGUGCAAAUCGGCCAGAAAAUGGUGAAAAACAAAACAAAUCCCCUCUCGUUUCACCUUUAAAAGUACGAGAACUUCUCAACGAAGGAGUCGCCUCGGAAGACAGCGUGUUACAGUGUUCACAGCAGGAUCCAAACACAUUGUCUCCAAAUGGCCUUGGCAAAGCUCCUUGUGAGGCAGCGAACAAAGAAGCAUUUUUCUUCAGAGUAGAGUCAUACUCAUGUCUGAAAUGGGCUGGAAAGCCUCGCAUCCUCUCGCCGCUCAGAUGUGCACGAUACGGCUGGAUCAAUGUAGACUGCGACAUGUUGAAGUGUUCCAGUUGCCAGGCUUUCCUCUGUGCAACCAUCCAGCCAACACUGGACUUCCAGAAAUACGAGGGAAGGAUUUCGGAGUUGUUAGAGCAACUUCAAACGCAACAUGAGAAAUUCUGUUCUUGGCCGGAUUUUCCAUGUCCAGAUCGUUUCUGGAUGGUUCCUAUUAAUGAACCUACAGUUCUUCUUAGUGCCUUCAUAGAGCGUUUCAAGAGUGCUUGUCCUCUGGAACAGCAGCUGCCUGCUAUGAAGCCAGAGCAGCUCAAAGCUAUGACCUUGACUGAAGAUGUUAUAAGUGUCCUUCUGCAGCUGAUUGAAGAUGAGCAGGUGAAGCAAGGAGGUUCUCCAUCUAAAGUUGCAUCAGAUGCGCUCUCUGUACAAGUGGCAGCAUGCAUUGUAGCCCUUUGUGGUUGGACAGCCAGCCCCUCACUUCAAGCUAUGAAUCUGCCCAUCCUUACCUGUUCAUAUUGCAUGAGAAAGGUAGGGCUAUGGAACUUCUUUCAGAUGGAUAGCGUUUUUGGAGAGGGUGAAAACCCUCCGCAGUCCCCUGCAUCUACUACUUCGCUGACUUCAACUCAUAGUGCUGCUGGUGAGAAGGGGACACCCACAUCACCGUCGCAAUCUCCCACGCCAUGUCGCAUGAAGCUGCGAAGUCAGGACUCUCUGCGGUCUGAACAGGCAGAGAACACCUCAUCCCCCCUGUUUGCCCGCACCAGAACCAGGGAGUCGCCUGUCCCUCAAGAUGAGCUACCCAGCCCUCUACCCAGGGGCAAAAGGCCCAUGACCCGAGGCAGGGGUCAAGGAGAGAAUCCUACAGCUGCAGUGCCUUCUAGCCCACAGCGGAAAUCAAAACGUCCUCGCCUCUCCUCUUCUAGUGGCCCAGAAGGGCCCUUGCACAGGAAUGUUUUUGACCCAAUAGCCCAACACAGAGAUUGGUGUCCUUGGGUGUGUGUUGAACAAGAGCAGGGGAAUCUAGAUGGCUCUUCUUUGGUAGGAUCGGAAGCAGAACUCCCUCAACCUGGGUGGAAAGCUGCACUGAAUCUCUUCUUAUCCAUGAAAAGGAGCAUCAGCCCAAUAGGAACCAGUCCAUCUCAGGGUCCACAUGACAAAUCGAAAAAAGUGUUCUCCAUAUUCCGACAAUGGCAAGUAUCCUACCCACCCCAAUAGGUUUUGGUUUGGAAACAGAACUGGGAAGCUCUAGUCAUGUUGUUCUAGUGGUACUUUCCUUGAUCGCGAUGACGGUAGUAUGUUUCUCGAUCUGCUCGAGCCUUGUUUACAGAAUUUGGUUUGGUUGUGAAAGAGACUGAAAAUCAACACGGAUCAAGCGACCUAUGUUGACAGAACUUUCUUUGGAGUAUAAAAGACUAAAAGAGUUCUUCUGAGAAGUUGUAACCUUAUCACACUGUUUUGACUUUGGGCCUGGCCAUGUGGUGACAUCAGUAUACUUUAAAUCUGCGGUCAUCAAAAGAACAGGGACUGACACUCUUUAUAUCAUAUGGAUGGCCAAAUAGUCCUCGCCUUUUUUCUGGGCAUGUUUUAUAGGAUCAGACCUGUCUUAAAUUUAGGAAAGCUUUAGUUAACUCCUAGAUCUACACUGGAAGACGUGCUAGUUGUAUCAUUGCUGGACAUUUUUCAGAUUUUUGUUUAGCUAAAGAAAAUCUACAGAUUGCAGAUUUUUGUGUAUGUGUGUUUUUUUUAAUAUAUGUUUAGAAUAAUGACUUUCAUAAAUGUGAAUGGGCUCUGAACAACAUUUUAUUUUUCUCACUUUUGUUUUUAAGAUGUUUUUCACACUCUUAAAUGCAAAUGGUUGAUAAUAUAGAUAUGUCAUAAUUUGAAAAGUGAUGUAAAUUGUUUGGUUUUCAGCCACCUGUAUAAUGCAUGUAAAUCUGAGUUCAUCUCUAUUACAAAAUGUAAUAAACAUACUCCCUUUGGUGGUUUUCACAAUGUU